CCUGAGCAGCCCUCAGAGAGUCGUGAAGGCAAAAUGUCAAGCACAUACACCGCCACCGAGGAAAGGCCGACAAGGACACUCGUUCCUGCCCACGAACCAAUCCUGACCAUAGACGAAUUAAUUCGUCGGCGUGCAGCAGAGUUACGAGAUUCACCGCUCAUUGGGUAUCCCAAAACAGGUGUGACAGAUUACGAGGAACAUUCAGCCAGUGCGGUGAACAAAUAUGCCGAUGCGGCCGCAGAUGUCCUUCAACGGAGGGGCUUGAAGAAAGUGGACCCUUCCUUGGACAAGGCCCCUGUCGUUGGCAUUCUCGCCCACUCUGGACUGCCUUUCAUCAUAACGCUACUGGGUUUGAGUAGACUUGGCUAUGCCAGCCUGCUGUUGUCGACCCGCUUGGCAGCCCCGGCCCUGGUGCGCCUGCUCGAGUUGGCAGAUUGCAACACUCUCCUGACCUCCUCUCACUUCCAUCCAGUACUGGAAGAAGUGAAGAGCGAACGUGGCACUACCGUGCUGGAGUUGCUGAAGCAUGAGGAGUACUAUGGUGUGGACGCGCCUGCCUUCCAUCGUGCGUACGAUCCAUACAAGGAGACUACCAAGAAUGUUGUCAUCAUUCAUUCUUCGGGCUCUACAGGCCUCCCUAAGCCCAUCUAUCUCACCAACCGUAGCUGCAUCGCUGCGUUCUCGACAAACUUGGAUCGGAAGGCGUUGAUGACACAGCCUCUGUUCCACAGUUUCGGCUUCUACGAGACCUUCCGAUCGAUAUACUCGGGGAAAGCGAUGUACUACUUCAACUACGCGUUCCCCUUGACGAAGCAGAACAUCACAGCUACACUCGCCGCCGUGAAGCCAGACCUGCUGUUCUGCGUACCAUACGUUCUCAAGCUUCUAGGCGAGUCAGAAGAAGGUAUCAAAGCACUUGCGGAUAUUGAUCUAGUCAUGUAUGGUGGUAGCGCAUGUCCUGAUGACCUUGGAGACAUGCUGGUCAAGAACGGUGUCAACCUCGUAGCCAAUUAUGGCGCUACUGAGACGGGGAGACUGUCAACUUCCGUGCGCCCACCGGGAGAUCACGCGUGGAAUUAUCUUCGAAUUCUGCCAGGGGUAAAGGAGUACGUGCUGAUGGAUGAGAUAGCCCCGGGCAUCUUCGAGUGUGUUGCACUGGACGGUCUGCAAUCUAAGAACACCAUUAAUUCAGACGACCCUCCUCGAUCCUUCCGCACCAGAGACCUCUUCAUGCAACACCCAACGAACCCAGACUUCUGGAGAUUCGUAUCGAGGCUUGACGACAGACUGACCUUGGUCAACGGUGAAAAGGUUCUGCCGAUUCCAAUCGAAGGUAGGAUACGUCAAGAGGGUCUGGUGCAGGAGGCCGUCGUGUUCGGCGAUGGCAAGAGCCUACCCGGCAUGCUGAUCUUCAAAGCCGACGGUGCUUCGAAUCUCUCGGACGCCGAGUUCCUCGAACACAUCUGGCCUGCCGUCGAAGACGCGAACUCGCGCGCGGAGAGCUUCUCACGGAUACCGAAAGAGCUCGUUGUUGUCUUACCUGCUGAGGUCACAUACCCAAAAACCGACAAAGGUACUUUCAUCCGUGCGCAAGUAUACGCUCAAUUCAAGGAUGAAAUCGAGACCGCAUAUGCCAAGUUUGAAAGCGGCGGGGAUGAUGAGGCCGGCACUGUUGCACUGCCCUUACCAGAGCUUGAGAUCUAUCUACUACAGAGGUUCCGAGAGAACCUUGGUGUAGACCUUUCGGCUUCAGACGACUUCUUCGCCCUUGGAAUCGACAGUCUUCAGUGCAUGAAGAUGUGGAGCCUGAUGAAGAAGGAGCUUGAUCUUGGUGGCCGACAGUCUGAACUUGGUCAGAAUGUUCUCUAUGAGACUGGCAACGUUCAGAGUCUCGCUCGUCACAUUGACGGUCUGCGAACAGGUAACACAGAGCAAGCAAAGGACGCGUAUCAAGUCAUGCAUGAUCUUGUCGCAAAGCACUCAUCAUUCAAGACUUACGAAGAGACAUACCGGGUUGCGCCAGCUACCGAGACUGUUGUUCUGACCGGUGUCACCGGAGGCCUUGGUGCGCAUCUUUUGGCCCAGCUCGUUCGUAACCCCAACGUAUCGACAGUAUGGGCACUCGUUCGAGCUUCUUCAGAGCAUACCGCACUGGAAAGAACUUUGCAGAGUCUGACAUCGCGUGGUAUCUCUCUUUCGGUGGAGGAGAUUCGCAAGGUCAUUGCCGUACCGUCCGAUCUCAGCAAGCCAGACUUCGGUCUUGGUGCGGCAAGAUUCGUGCAACUACGCUCGAGUCUUACCCUAGUCAUCCACAGUGCAUGGGCAGUGAACUUCAAUAUCUCUGUUGAAAGCUUCGAGGAUCAACACAUCAAGGCAGUGCCGAACUUCAUCAACUUGUGCCAGUCGACAACACAUGGCUCCCCAGCCCGAUUCUACUUCUGCUCGUCGGUAUCUUCCACCGGGAGCACUCCUCGCCCAGGCACUGUCCCUGAGACGCCCGUCCGUGAUAUCGCUCACGUACAAGGCACAGGAUACGCGAGGUCGAAGUACGUCACUGAGCAGGUCGUUCGUAAUGCGAUCAAGGAUGCAGGCGCUCAGGCCAGAGUUCUUAGGAUCGGUCAACUCGUCGGCGACAGCAAGGUUGGCGAGUGGAACACAACUGAGGGUAUCCCUCUCAUGAUCCAAACGGCAGUCACCCUCGGCGCACUGCCACAGCUAGACGAGGAAAUGACUUGGCUUCCCGUCGAUUACGCGGCAAAGAUCAUCCUCGACGUGUGCCGACCCGACUGUGCCGCGACACGCGCUUCCGACCCCGACCUCGUCUACCACAUCCUCAACCCAACCCGCUUCCACUGGACAAGAGACAUGCUGCCUGCUCUAGCAGCUGCUGGCUUGGAGUUCGAAUCCCUCCCAACCGAUCAGUGGAUGGAGAGGCUACGCAACUCCGACCGAGACCCCAAGAAGAACCCUCCCAUAAAGCUAUUUGAUUGGUUCGAGAGCAAGUACGGCAGUGCUGCUUCCACGAAGCCAAAGGGCCCACUUGAAUACAUAACGGAGGAGACUGGGAAGGACAGUGAUUCACUAGGUCAAAUUCCGAGCGUGACAGACAGCAAGUACAUGGGCAUGGUGAUCGAGAGACUGAAGAAGCGUUGGGCGGCAUAGAUCUAAUUUUGACAUACGAAUUAUGUACAUAGAGCGUGUAGAUAGCAUACCUGGCGUCUUGGAUCUCACUUGAGGCAAUACAUACCUAUACACUUUCACGAAAGCGUGCCAGUCUGCCAACUUGACGGAGCCUUCAUUCCGGUCCUAAUGUUGUCAAGUGCCGCUUGGUAGGAGUCCUUGUCUAGUUUUGGCGCUAGCGAAGCUCCUUAAGCUUCUGGCGGACCGGAUGACCGUUGACCGUCCUCCGCAGAUUCUCCGACCCUAUCC